UGGGGACCGGAAGGUCGGUGCGUUGCUGAGGGAGAGCGCCGAGUUAGGCCUCGGGGUUCUGCUGGAGUAUUUUCCGUCACUUAUCUUUAUGACAUAGUUUGUUUUAAAAUUAUCACCAAACGCAACCUGAGAUCUUAAAGCAAGCCACAAUGUCUGCUCAGGCUCAAAUGAGAGCGAUGUUGGACCAGUUGAUGGGCACCUCCAGGGACGGAGAUGCAACACGACAGCGUGUGAAAUUCUCAGAUGAUAGAGUUUGCAAGAGUCAUCUUCUUGGUUGCUGUCCACAUGAUAUUCUUUCUGGAACGCGCAUGGACCUGGGAGAAUGCACAAAGAUUCAUGACCUCGCACUGAGAGCCGACUAUGAAAUUGCUGCAAAGGAAAGAGAUUUAUUCUUUGAGCUGGAUGCCAUGGAACAUCUUGAAAGUUUUAUCGUUGACUGUGACAGAAGAACAGACAUUGCGAAGAAACGAUUGACAGAAACACAAGAAGAAAUAAGCGCUGAAGUAGCUGCUAAG